UCCGGCUUCACGGUGCUGUUUGUUAUUGGAACGUCGCUCGCUUUUAAAUGUCGACGGUUGGAGUUGAUGGAAGUUUGCUGAGUUGUUUGAUGAACGCCUACAUUUUCUUUUAAACAAACUUAACUAACGUGGUUUUUUACUCGUCGACAGGAAAUAUUAAAUAUUCAAUUUCCACUGUGAACCGGCUACAUAUAUAUAAAAAAAAGACAACGCGUUUAAGAUGUCAGGGGCUCAUGAGCAAACCAGGAAGCGACGCCCCCCAAAAAUGUACUUGAUCUCGACCGACCUGAAGGUCCAGGACCAGCUGGAAGGUACCAUUAAGCUGCAGCGGGGGUACAUCUGCCAGGAGCAGGACUCUGGCAAGAACAGAGGGGAUUCAUCUUGGGUCAAGGUGUUAGACAAUGGCGUCAUGUUGAAAAUGGAGAGGAAGUUCCUGCUUGAAGUCCCCACUGACCUCAGCGGCCUGUUGGAGCCUGUAACUGAUUCAGAGGCUCGCCUAAAACUCCUAAACAAUCCCGGGAAGCUGCAGCAGUUGGCUACUAUGCCUCUGGAUUCUCCGCUGUGGGUCCAAAUGGGCCAACAGGACGAGCUGGCAGAGGCCGAUCUGAAGUUCAUCGGGCCGCUGACCAGAGGGAGCAGCGCUGUGCUUUUUGGGGUACAGCUCAAGGGUUCAGCAGCAGGUAAAGGAGUGAGCAACGGCUCCUUUAAGGGCCACCGGCUCUUCACCUGCCCCGAAGCCUGCGCCCUCUUCCUCCCGGCUAGCCACAUCCGGCUGCGCCACUGGUCUCGCAAAAACGGCUCCGACGCCAACGAGCGAGCCCGUGAGCGAGACCUCCAACGCAGCAGCAGCAGCAGCAAUAAUCUCUCCAGCAACGGGCACCAUGGCAACAAUGACCGCCCAAAUCCUCCUCAACAUCAGCAGCAGCAGCCCAAUCGUCACAUCAGUUUCCGCCUGAAUCGUCCCAGCAGCCCUCCUCAACCGCGAGCUUUGGGCAUCAUCCCUCGAACAGCUGAGUCGGCGCCCCUCACAGCUGAAAACCAGGUCCAGGUCCGAGGCCCUGGUUCGCCUCAAACGCUCCAUGUGGGCCAGCGGGUGUCUUUCCCCCUGGAGGACAACGUCUAUGCGGGGGAGGUGCGCUUCUGUGGUCCCCUGCCUGGCCGGUCCUCGUCUGGAACGUACGUCGGAGUCCUGCUGGACACUCCUGCUGGUAACUGGGACGGGCUUUAUAAAGGAGAGAAGCUCUGCCACAUUCCCUCUCUCUAUGGACUACUGCUGCCAAUCACCAAGGUCUCUGCAGAGUCGAAAUCCCACCGUCACAACCCUCUUAGCCAAUUUACCAAGUCCAUCCUGAAGGCAACGCCGUCCUCUGUCGGUAAACCACGCCCUAUGUCACCCACCGUCACUUCUCCCAAGGUCGCCCUGAUGCCCCCCACCAAACUAGCACUUAAACCUCCUCCGCUACCCAAACCCAGCCCCACUAAGGUCCUGCCUCCUCCCCCUCUCCCACCUUCCAAAACCCUCAGCCCAACGUCGCCGACCGCCACCGACCAGCUGCAGCACACCAACGGCGUGCACGGCCCUCCUUCGCCGCUGAGGUCUCCAGAUGACAAUGACGCUGCAGAGGAUGACGGGGACGUGUUCCUGGAGGGCGAGCUGGAGGUGGGGUCGAUGGUUGAAGUGAACGAUCCGCCACUUUUUGGUGUUAUUCGCUGGAUUGGACGGAUCAGUGGGAUUUCACAGCCAGUGGCAGGGAUUGAGCUGGACCAGGAGCUGUCUGCAGGGACAGAUGGCAGUUACCUCGGCGAACGUCACUUCCGUUGCCCGGCCAACAAGGGGCUGUUUGUCAAGCUUCGCAACUGCAGACGAGACUCCAGGUUUCCCGCCCCGGAGACACCUGUCAAUCAAGUGGAGCGAUGCAACUCUAUAGCCUUUGCAGAGUGGGGCAGUGAGCGGGUGGACGAUCACACCCCUCCAAUGGACGGGGACGAGGCCGCUGAGCUCUACCAGGGCUGGAAGAGAGGCAUCCAGGGUCACCUCAACUCAUGCUACCUGGACGCUACGCUGUUCAGUCUGUUCUCUUGCUGCAGUUCAGCAGACUGGGUGCUGCUUUGGCCCUCCGACCCUGAAACUAACCAAGACUCCAGUCAGGCUCAGGACCUGCUGCGUUGUGAAAUAGUCAACCCUCUGCGAAGGUACGGCUACGUGUGUGCCAGUAAGACCAUGGCCUUGAGACGACUGCUGGAGGCCGCGAAUAGCGACACGGGCUUCACCAACCAGGAGAAAGAUCCUGAAGAGUUCCUCAACAGGCUUUUCCAGCUCCUCCGAGUCGAGCCGCUCCUCAAGAUCAGAUCGAUGACUCAGCAGCCUCAGGAGUGUCACCUCUACCAGCUCUUCCCGCCUACACUUCCUCCCUCUCCCUCCUCGCCCUCACCUCUCUCCCCGGUCGACUCCCCCAUCCCUCUCACCUCGCCGUCGCCCAGCCGGAUGAGGGUCGCCAGCGUCCAGGCGCUGCUGGAGUCCUCCUUCCUACACGCCGGCCUCAAGUUUGUCGAGGCUCCAUCCUGCCUUCUCCUGCUCAUGCCUCGCUUUGGAAAGGACUUCAAAAUGUUUGACGCCAUCUUGCCCACCCUCAGCCUGGACAUCACAGACCUGCUGGACGACACCCUGAGGCAGUGCAGCAUCUGUCAGGCUGUGGCUGAGUGGGAGUGUCUCCAGUGUUAUGAAGAUCCCGACAUCACCCCCGGCCAUCUCAAACAGUACUGCCAGACCUGCAACACACAGGUCCACAGUCACAGGAAGCGGGCGUCCCACACCCCGGUGAAAAUCACUGUCCCCGAAGGGCCGUGGUCGGGCUCUCUGCACUGCUCCCGCCAGAGAAUGUCUCUCUUUGCCGUGACGUGCAUCGAGACCAGUCAUUACGUGAGCUUUGUCAAGCACGGGCCCCUCGCCGCCGACUGGCUGUUUUUUGACAGUAUGGCAGACCGGGAAGGUGGCGAGAACGGCUUCAACAUCCCCCAGGUGAAGACGUGUCCAGAGGUGGGCCGCUACCUCAGCCUAUCAGAGGAGGAGCUGAGCAGAGUUGACGCCACCUCCCUGCGGGAGUCCGUCCGCCGCCUGCUCUGUGACUCCUACAUGUGUCUGUACCACAGCCCCGAGCUCAGCCUGUACAAGUGACACACACACACACACACACACACACACACACACACACACACACACACACAGAUCUGAGCAUGGAACGAGACAAUGAACAACUGAUGUAAACAUUUUACCUUCAGGUCCUCAGACUUAAUCUUAUCUAACUGUCAGAUGACGUCCAAAAUAUUAACUUUUCAGAGCCC